CAUAGCAGUGACAGAAAAAAAAGCGAUUACCUUAGGAAUCAUCUAACAACAGCAAUUAAGAGCACUAUUAUUCACUGUAAAUCAUCUAUCAGGGAGAAAAAGCCUUUGUGCGCGGUAGGUAGGAGCUUUUGUGCUCAGCAACUCUGUGAUUUAAUGCAGGCGGCUGAGGAGGGGGUGGAGGUUUCUCUCUCUCUCUCUCUCUCUCUCUCUCUCUCUCUUGGUAAGCAGCAGUACAUUGAGGAGACAGUGUGUGCAGGAGACACAGAUAGGCGUUUAGCUCCAGCUGAAACACGCAGAGUGAUCUCGCUCCUUUCUUCUCUUCUUCUCUUCUCCUCUCCUCUCCUGCGUCGGAACGCAGCACAGAUCAUCAGUCACAAGGACAGGCUGACAGCAAUACACUGGCCAGAUGGAGUUCAUUGGAGCUGAGGAGCUGACAGAUGAGGAGAAGGAAAUCAUCAACAGCGUGCUGGCCCGAGCCGAGAUGAUUGAGGCCAUGGAGCAGGAACGGAUUGGGCGUUUGGCCAAUCGGCUGGACACAAUAAAGAGGACGGCAUGCGGUGACGGCUACUCACAAUGCCUGCUCUGCGGCCAGCAGUUCGGCUUGAUGGGAGUCAGCACGGUCAUGUGUGACGAGUGCAAGAAGCACAUAUGCACCAAGUGUGGCAUUCGCAGUAACAGUCGCUCCUGCCCUGUAUGGCUGUGCAAGAUCUGCAGUGAACAAAAGGAGAUAUUGAAGCAGUCUGGUGCCUGGUUCUUCAAGGGGUUGCCACAGCAGGUCUUGCCUGCACCUUUAACCAUUUCAAAGCCGAAACGUUUCAGCGCUUCUGACGCACCAGCUCCAUCUGAACCAUCAUCCCAACAGAACACAACUGCUCAUCCAUAUGUCAACACACAGAAUGGAGCAGAAAUGAAGCCUCCUGAACAAGAAGGGCUGCCUGUCAGCGCUCAGAUCAGUCAAACUCAAGCUCAAUCGGGUGCAGAGAGACAAUCUAAUCUGACAGCGUGGAAAAAAGAAGAAUCUAACAAGAGCGCAAGCCAUCCUUUGCAGCCAUCGUAUCUGAGCUCACUAAUGCAGACAGGAGUCCUUCAGAUGGAGAGUAGGACAUUACCUACUGUGCAGCCUCCAGUUGCAAACAGCACCCACACUCCUGCCACUGCUGAGGAGGUGGAGGACUACGACUCCGACGAUGCCACCACACUGGGGAUGUUGGAGUUUAGUCUGCUCUACGAAGAGGAAAACCACACUUUGCACUGCAAUAUCAUCAGAGCCAAGGGGCUCAAGUCAAUGGACUCCAAUGGCCUUGCCGAUCCAUAUGUCAAACUGCAUUUGCUUCCAGGUGCUAGCAAGUCUAACAAGCUACGCACAAAGACUCUGCGCAACACGCUGAAUCCAUUUUGGAAUGAGACACUGGUCUACCACGGCCUCACCAAUGAGGACAUGCAGAGAAAAACCCUCAGACUCUCUGUGAGCGAUGAAGACAAGUUUGGACAUAACGAGUUCAUUGGGGAAACCCGGGUGGUCCUGAAGAAGCUCAAAGUGAACCAGAAGAAGAACUUCAAUGUGUGUUUGGAGAGAGUUAUUCCGGUGAAGCGAACAGCUGCUGGAGGUGCAAUACGUGGUAUGGCAUUGUAUGAGGAGGAGAUAAACGAGGGUGAUGAUGCAGAGGAGAGAGGACGUAUCCUGGUGUCUCUCACCUACAACAGCCAGCAGAGUCAACUCAUUGUGGGUAUCGUCCGCUGUGCUCAUCUGGCUCCCAUGGACGCCAACGGCUACUCUGACCCUUAUGUCAAGAUUUCCCUGAAACCUGACAUGGGGAAGAAAGCGAAGAAUAAAACGCAGAUCAAGAAGAAGACCCUCAACCCUGAAUUUAAUGAGGAAUUCAGCUAUGAGAUCAAACACAGUGAACUAGCAAAGAAGACUUUGGAUAUCUCCGUCUGGGAUUAUGACAUGGGAAAAUCCAAUGAUUUCAUAGGAGGCUGCCAGCUUGGUAUCACAGCCAAAGGAGAAUGCCUGAAACAUUGGUAUGAGUGCCUGAAGAACAAAGACAAGAAGAUCGAACGCUGGCAUGUGCUGUUCAAUCAAAACAACAUUGAGGCUGAUGACUGAAAUACCCUGAUCUCCAUAUCCUAAUAGAUCUUACUUUGUGACUCUGUAUGAUCCUGUCUUCCACCAUUCAUUUUCAUCCCACUGUUAAACUUGCUCCUACUGUGCUAAUUAGCCUGACUUCACGUACGAUAGUGCACUUCUUGCUUCGUGCUCUUACAACGAGCUAUUAUGUAAUUAGUGGUUUAGAUAAUCUUUAACUGUCUAUCUGUAUUGAAUCUAAUCCACUAUCGCAAAAGAAGAUGAGAAAAACCGUGCUACAUUAGGUACUGAGAAAAAUGAAACGUGAUGUUAAAUGUGAUGUAAUUACAGUAUUUGAAUUCCCGUAUAUCAUUUCGACUUUAAUAUGACAGAGUGACUGCUCUACUAAAAUGGAUGAAAAUUCUGCA